UUUGUCCAUUGGUCCAUUGCUGCUAGUCAUGGCGUCUGCUGCGGUUGGCGUGCGUGGACACGCUUGGUACCGGAGAUAAAGUGAACUAGAUUCUUUUCACGCAUCACUUCGAGAACUCUUUGUCGCGUUUUAAGUGAGAUAUAAUGAAGACUGUGUAGCCUAAAUGAUGGAAGUUCAGUUCGCCAUGCUUCGUCCACAAGCUUCAUUUUAAUUUGCCCGUGUUUCUCGGGAUGCCGGCUCCCGUUUGAGAUCAGUGCAUCGCUUGUUUCGAGUACCGAGCAAUGGGUGUUCACGGCCUGUGGCAAGUAGUGGAGGCUGCGGGGAAGCCAAUUGCCCUCGAAACGCUAGAGAACAAGGUUCUCGCCGUCGACGUGAGCCUAUGGCUUCAUCAGGCCGUCAAAGGAUUCCGCGAUGCCCAAGGAAGUCCCGUCGCCAAUGCGCACUUGUUGGGUUUGCUUCAACGAGUCUGCAAGCUUCUAUUUUAUGGAGUUAAACCCGUCUUCGUCUUCGAUGGAGGCGUGCCGCAGCUUAAGAAACAAACUCUGGCUGCUCGUCAGGAAAGGCGCACAUCUGCACAAGAAAGUGCGCAGCGCAAGGCACGAUUACUGCUCCUGAAAGCCCGACAUAGAGGGUCGAAACGACCAGCCCCCAAGGCACCUGUCGAUGACCUGUAUGUUCUGCCACCACUGCCGGAACAUUGGAACAAAUUGUAUAAAGUCGAAGAUGAUGACGAAGACUGGCACUCGGGGGGUGCUCUCUGGGAGCUGGCAUCACUUGACUGUGACUCAGAAGAAUUCGCAGCUCUGCCAGCAGAGAUGCGCCACCGUGCAUUGAUUGCCAUGCAGCAUCACCAUCGCUGGGGCCGUCCCAGGAGGGCACCUGAGGACUCUGAGGAUUUCUCUGCCUACCAGCUGCGUGGCCUUUUGCGCAAGCGCACGCUGCAGCAGCGUGCUGCAGAGGCUCGUCGAGAAAUGAGGCCCGAGCCAUUUUUAUGGGGUGAAGAGGCCCACGUGAGUCGAGUUGCCUCUCAGGCUAACACUCACCAGGUCAUUCUGAACACCAGCCCCACGAAACGUGUCCUGCAAACGGAAAGUGAGCAAGGCGAUGUAGAUGAAAAUCCAACUAAGGAUGGGAAAACAGCCAGCCCACAAGUAGAAAAGCACAGUGCUGGGUCAAGCCACCUCGUCAGCAAAAAUCCAUCUUUGUCGAUUCAAGACCCGGCUGUCUUAAAGUGGCUUUCUGAAGAAUGCUCUCCAAACAAAGCUACUCAGGACAGUUCUGUAACAACCAGGAAUUUGACGUGUACCGAGACUAGCAAAGCAAACCACACAGCUGUAAAGUCUCACGUUAAGAGGGUGGUGGACAUGGCGGAUGAAUCAGACGAGUUGAGAAAAGAAAGCACAGGUCGCGAGGAUCACCUUGUGAGUUGUGCAAGGCAGGCCAGUGAAUCUGCACAGCCAAAUGCAGCAGACACUCCAGGAGCAGCCAAUGGAGCAUGCAGGCAACCUGAAAGAAGUGAAGAGAACACAAACAUUUGUUCAGAACUGCCAUCGUUAGCCCAAGAUUCGUUAGUUUCCAUGAUGCCUGUAGCUGAGGGACCUACAGCACCAUCUGCAGAACAAUCGGCUUUCCUGAGCGAUGGGGAUAAAAACAAGGACAAGCAGGAGCUCCCAGCUGAACAAAAUAAUGAUGCUGCUUCAGAUGGGUCGGGAAUACAGGAUAAGGAAAUAAGUUCUUUCAAUAUCACUGGCAAGCCUAAGGAGCCUGAGGAGGCUGGCGACAUUGUGCUCUCAGAAGAGGAUGAGGAGGAAAAAGAUGAAGAACUGCUUGCAGCUAUUCGAGCCUCCUUGUCUGAGCAGCAGAAGGAAGACACUGGUGAACAGCCUACAACUAGUGGUGGCAGCGGCAGCACCAGCUUCUGGAAGCCUCCUAGAACGGAAGAAGAGAAACGCGAGCUGCACAUGAGAGAACAGGAACUGGAACAAGAAGCCGCUCGUCAGCAACGUCAUGCAGCCAGCCUCAAUGACUUGCUUGUGAAGGAAUGUCAGGAGCUUCUUGCACUGUUGGGCCAGCCAUACGUGGUCAGUCCUGGGGAGGCAGAAGCCCAGUGUGCAUGGCUGGAGCAGCAUGGACUCAGCCAAGGGGUCGUGACAGAUGACAGCGAUGCCUGGCUGUUUGGGGCCCAAUGCGUUUACCGCCACCUGUUCCGCCCUGACCGGCGUCCCGUGCGCUUUCUGAUGAAAGAUCUCGCCUCACAGUUUGGCCUUGACCGUCAGAAGAUGGUGGCCUUUGCUCUACUGUGUGGCAGCGACUACACUACAGGCGUGAAUGGUGUUGGGCCUGUAACUGCCAUGGAGGUGCUCAGUGAGUUCAAAGGAGAUGACGCUGUUUCACUCCUGGAGGAAUUUCGCACAUGGUUGGAGAAGGCCAAGGAAGAAAAAGUCCAGCCAGGCAGCAAGACACGGUCGCACCUGGUGCGCCUCUCUCUGGAGCCUGGCUUCCCCAGCAGCCGGGUGGCCCAGGCAUACCUCGAGCCCACCGUGGACGUGUCACGCGAGACCUUUUCCUGGGGCACUCCAGACCUGGAUGCCUUGCGGACGUAUGCAAACCAGAAACUUGGCUGGAGCCGGGAAAAGCUGGACGACCUUUUGCUGCCAGUGCUGAAGCGUAUGGGUGCAAAGCAAAAACAGACUCGUAUGGAGCAAUAUCUGGAGGCAUGCCAGGCACCACCUAAACCCAAGCUGUUCCCAAGCAAGCGGCUUACUAAAGCCGUGGGCAAGCUGGCACCAUCUAAAAGGGCGAAGAUUCAGGAGCCACAGCUUUCUGAAGACAGCGACUCAAGCUAGCAGCACAAAUGCACUCUUCUUGGACAGUGAAACAUCACAUUGAGCAAAGGGCAUCAUUGAACGUGCCUCCUGCAUUAAAACGGAAAGAACAGCUGACAUUGUCCGCCA